AUGGGACAAGGACAGGGGAAAAAUCGGCUUGUCGUUCACGGAACGAAUGAAUUCUUAAUAGGAAAGAAACAGAAAUUUUCCCUGAUUAACAUAAAAAAUUCAGCACACAUUAAGGAUAUUUACAGCGGGCCAAAUAACCUAAUAAUUAUAUACGAAAAUGACGACUUUGAAAUUGUAGGGUUAAAUAAUUAUGGGCAGCUGGGUCUGGGCGACAAAACGAAUAGAAUCAAAUUGACGAUCAAUCCAAUUUUGUCCAAACACAAAGUACGAAAGGUGUCAUGUGGGUAUGAACACAUCAUUGCCUUAAUGUGCAACCACAACGUUUUCGUCUGGGGAAAUAAUAACUGUGGCCAAUUAGGUAUCGGAAAUAACACGGAUGAAAUUUCUACGCCACUGCUCAUUUACUUUCAAGAAAAAGUCAUAGACAUUGCGUGUGGUAAAAAUCACUCCCUUUUUUUAACCGAAUGUGAAGAUGGAAAUGGCGAAGGUCACUUGGGUGCAUCCAAGGCGAAGGUGAGGGAACAAGAGGGGAAAUCCCCCUGCAUGAUGAAGGGCAAAAAGGAAGUGGGCUCAGGCUGCCUCAACGGGCUUGACAUAAAUAUUAAUGAUGGGGAAGUAGGUAGCAGCCACAGUGGGGAGGGGGAAGAAGAAGGCGACGAUCAUGAUGCGGAUGAGAGUGCGAACUACUGCGCCGAUUCGCGUACUGACUCCUGUGCUGACUCCCGUGCUGACUCCCCUUAUGAUUCCUGUGCUAACUCCUGUGAUGACCGCCCCAACUGCCACAUCCUCGCCUGCGGCUGCGGGGAAGACGGAAAACUGGGCUUCAAACGCGAGGAAAACGUGUACUUCCCCAAAAAAAUAGAAUUAAAAAAAAAAAUGAAAAUUACUAGCAUACACUCCAGCUACAACCACAACGCCAUGCUAACGAGCAAAGGGAGAUUAUACACCUGGGGGGGCAACCGAAAUGGAGAGUUGGGCAUAAAAAGCAACAAGUCAAGUUAUAGAAUUAAAAAAAUUGAUAUACCCCAAAACGACACAGUGGUGAAGGUAUCCCUGGGGAAAUUAUACUCAGCCUGUUUAACGAAAAAUCAUAUCUUCUACGUCUGGGGAAAUAACAUUCGGGGGAUUAAAAAAAUGAGCAACAUGGCCAAUGUGCGCAUCAGACAUUUCGCAUGCAGUGACGAUAAUAUUAUCAUAUUGACAGAAAAUGAAAAAUUGUUUCUAUUUGAUUCUUGCAAAAAGGUGCAAUUCAUGAAUAAACUCCUGAAUACGAAAUUGGCCCAUCAUAAGAAGGGAAGCAAUAACCUUAUUAAGUACAACUCGGUGGGAAAUGGAUGCAACUAUUUAUAUGCCUACAUUACUAUGGGCACGAAAGAUGAUGUUAACGUCAAGGUGGACCACUUUAUUGUGGAAGAAAAUUGUGAGGACCGCCAUUUGGUGGAGCAUGCGAAAAGUGCAACUACUAACUUGGAAGGAAAGAAAAUGUCCUCCCAGAUGGAUAAUGAAGAAAAGUUGGGAAAGGCUCAAAUGACUGGGUCACUCUCUUGUCAGAUUGAUGCGAACGAAGGUGUCGAUCUUGUGGAUUCCCUGGGGAAUGGAACCACUCAAGAUGGUGUGUCUUUUUCAGGCGCAGGAGGAGGAACAAAAAUGGGGAAUUCAGAUAAUUAUGCAGAUGAUUAUGCAGUUCGGACAAAAAAGGAACUUGAAAAAGGAGAAAGGUACGAAGGCGGGGCGAGGGAUGAAAAGUGCAAUGGAGUAGGAGCGGGGCAAACUGGAGGAGAGGAAGACACAUUCGCCCGAGAAAGCGAUGCAAAGGACGGAUUGGAGAAAAAACAAAUUACGGAGGAAGAGGCAUGUGUCGACUUGCCCCUUCUUGAAGUUAAUAAGGACAGGCACUCCUUAAGUACAUUCAGCAAAUUUAGGAAAAGUAAAAAGAAAGUGGGACAAAGCGAUGUGUAUUCGCAGGGAGAGCACGAAGGGGGGCAAAAAAGGGCAAACAGGAACAGCACUACUGAGGGCGAUAAUAUACACCGUAAUGGACGCGAUAAUAAGAGGGACAGAAAAAAAGAAGCCAAACGCAGGAACGGUGUAGAAGAUCACCUCAUCCAAAACGUAAGUUAUAUGAAGGCAAAUUCGAUAAACACUGAAGAUGUAACGAUGGGGGGGGAUUACAUACUGAAGCACACCGAGGACAUCAUUAACAGGAAUAGGCAUUGUUUAGAUUACCUAUCAUUUGACGGCAAAUUGGGGUUACACUGGGACAGUUUUGGUCACAAAAAAGGACGGAGUGCACAAAGGGGAAAUAAAUCUGACCGUAAAUACAGAGGGGGACACCCCAUGUCCACGACUGGGGAAGAUCAAUACGCCCAGCUAAAUAUCGUCCUACUACAGGAACUAACGAAACAGAAAAAAAUAAACAUCGUUUAUUGCCACCUGCUGAAUAGGCUCCAGAGGGAGCUAAACCAGUUGAGGGAGGAAAAAAAAAAUUUUAAGAAAAAAAUUUCGAAUCUGCAAAAAUUUGCAAAUUUAAAGCGAAAUGUAGCCCCAGAUGUAGGGCAGGAAAAUGAAGAUGCCAUUUACCAUUUUUGUUUAGAAGGGGGAGCGAAAAAAGGUGCUUGUGCUGCUAUGUAUAAUGGUUGUGCUGGGCGGGGAAAUUACGUGCAUUUGGGGGAUGCAGAUAAUGAUGACUUGGCAGACUGCGGCAAUGGUGACGAUGGAGGCAACGACCACCUCCGCUAUGACCGCUGCCAUGAGAGCGGAAAUAACGGGGGCACCUUUUCACUAAACCAAUCUGCGGACCUAAUAAAUUUCACAAGCGAAAACGCGCCGGGGAUACCAAACAACUUGCAGGUUUUGGACGAAGUAGCCCCCCAUUUGUUCCUCAAAAGGAAAGAAGAGGAUAAUGAUAAACUGAACAAUAUCCCAAUUUUUUUUUUGCAUAGUUAG